AUGGAAGAUGCAGGGAAAAUUAAUUGUUUAGCAGUUGAUGGAAGUGAUUCUAGUAAACAUGCUUUUGUUUGGUACAUUGAGAACAUGCAUAGAAAAGACGAUACUUUAGUAAUUAUUCACGUUUACAAUGUUCCUAGGGUUGUGCCAAUAGGCGUAAUGGGCGCUUAUGUUCCUGUUGAAGCUUACAAAAAGAUGGUGGACAAAAACGAUUGUCAUGGAACAGGUUACGAAAUAUGCAAUUCAGUCAAAAAAUGUAUGGGUAACAUUGUAAUUUUAGGCCAAAGAGGUAUUGGAAAAUUCAGUCGUUUUUUACUUGGUAGCACAAGUGAUUACGUCUUACAUCAUUCACUUAUUCCAGUAGUUGUUAUACCCCAAACGAAUUAA